AACUCGGUGAAGGUGAUGUACAAGUGCCUGUGGCCGAGCUGCGGCAAGGUUCUGCGCUCCAUCGUUGGCAUCAAGCGGCACGUCAAGACCCAACACCUCGGGGACGGCGCAGACUCUGACCAGCGGAAACGGGAGGAGGAUUUCUACUACACCGAAGUGCAGGUGAAGGAAGAGCCGAUGCCGGAGGUGGCCCCUGCCACCGCCACCAGCCCCACGUCCGCGUCUGCCCCCAUCAUCAUCCAGCAAGCCCUGGCGAAGCCGGAGGCGCUGCUCGUGGAGCAGCCGGUGCUGGAGCCCGCCCUGGCCUGCAGCGCCCGUAGCCAGUCUGCCCCCAGCUCCUUUUGGCACAUCCAGGCUGAUCACGCCUACCAGGCGUUGCCCUCAAUCCAAAUCCCGGUGUCCCCUCACAUUUUCACCAGCAUCAGCUGGGCCACUGCCACCUCGACUCUCCCGUCCCUGUCACCGGUGCGGAGCCGGUCGCUCAGCUUCAGCGAACCCCAGCCACCGACGCCAAUGCUCAAGUCCCACCUGAUCGUCGCCUCACCGCCCAGGGUGUCCCUCGGCACCAGGAAAGUGCGCGGCGAAGCCAAAAAGUGCCGUAAGGUGUACGGCAUCGAGCACCGGGACCAGUGGUGCACGGCCUGCCGGUGGAAAAAAGCCUGCCAGCGCUUCCUGGACUGA